AACGCGUGUCUCCCUCACACGUCCGGGGAUCCUCCUUUGCUCGCUUAAUACACGCAUAGGCACACGCCUCGUCCGUGCCAAUCCAAACAACGCACACACGCAAACACGCUCGAGUCUCCACACACGCGCGAAACCCUAGCCCUCGCACGAAACACAUAAUAUCACACGCGCCUCCCCUCUCACUGGCCGGGCGCGCCUAGUGCUCGCCGGAAAAGCAAGCAUUUCUCGCCUUUUCAUGGCUUUCUUUGCUCCGUGAAGCUCCGGCGACUGGCCUUGAACGACCCCGGCGAUGCUCUGAUGGUCGGCACGUUUUGGUAUUAAUGGGGCGAAAUUAGGCUCUUAAAAGAGGAAAGAUGGAUCUGCUGUUUCCUACGGAGAUUUGAGGUUAGAGUGUUUUUGUGAGCUGAGAAUUUAAUUUUGUCCAGAAAAAUGGAGAUAGAGAGCGCAACUGAAGUUUAGAUUCGUCGAAAAUGAAGGUUUUACGUGAAAACUUACUCGAGAAUUUGAGACAUAGUGUGGCAAGCUGAUAUGAGAAGGUAAUUUUGAUGUUGUGAUUUUUGUUUUGGUAGAAAAGCGUAUGAUCUCGGAUGUAAAGGAGAGAGAUUUUUUCGCCCCUUUUUUUCUUGUUCGUAAAAAGUGCUAAUUUUCAUCUGAGCUCAAUGGUUCUCUUACAGUGGAAAAAUUAAGCUUAACUUCUUGUUUGGUUGCUGAGAAAAAGCAAGGAGAAAUAAUAAAAGAAUGGUUUUUGAGUGUUUCCAUUUAUUUACUGAAUUGGAAGAAAUAAAAAUGAGAAAAAACUGACAUAUUGUUACCGAAUGGUUUUGCUAGGGACAACGAAGUGGAGACUUUUUGUCUUCAUGACCCAUAAUAGUUAAAUGCAGUAUAGAAGGUUGAAGAAGAAGUUUCACUUUUGUUAGAACUGAAAAAAAGUGGGCUUUCUUUUCCUUUGUUUUUUUUGAACCCUUCACUACUUUUUUUGUUAUUUCUCUUCAUUUAUUUGGUUUAAUAUCUUUCUAGGCAUAAUCUGAAGUUUUGAUUCUUGUCACGUAGCUGUAGAAUCAGUGUGUUGCAGAAUUUUCUAGACUAUUUUGCUACAUUUUUGGGGGAAAAUCUUAGCUUUUCAUCUAUGUGCAUACUUGAGUGGCAAUGGUGGUGGCAUUUGUCUUAGAGAUAUUCAACUACUAGGUCUUAGUUAAGUUAAGAAGUUUGGGUAGAGAGAGAAUGGCAACAGAUAUGCAAAAAUUGAUAGGAACAAGUGAAGAAGAUGAUGAGGAAGAAAUGGACAUGGAUGUUAAAGAAGAAGACGAUGAAGAUGAAGAAAACAGAGAGAAGCAUAUUGCCACGCGAGUGAUGGUAGGGAUUGAAGGAGGGAUGGCAUCAAACAGUAGUAAUAAUCAGUUUCUACAUCACCAGCAUAUUCAAGAACAAGUUAGCACUCCAGGAGGGGGAGGAGGAACUCGGAGAAGUAGACCACUUGAAGAAAAGGAGAGAACUAAGCUAAGAGAGCGUCAUCGGAGGGCAAUCACUGCAAGGAUCUUGGCAGGUUUAAGAAGGCAUGGGAACUAUAAUCUUAGGGUUAGAGCUGAUAUCAAUGAUGUGAUUGCUGCUUUGGCCAGGGAAGCUGGCUGGGUAGUUCUACCUGAUGGAACCACCUUUCCUUCAAGAUCUCAGCAGAACUCAAGGCCAGUGGGUGGCACUUCUGCAGCGGCAACUUCAUCAUCUACCCAUCUGGUGUCACAGCAGACUCCAUCUGCUUCCCUUAGGGGAAUAUCUCCUGGUUGCCGGACCUCAGUAGAUUACAAUUCAUGUCGACUGAAAGGUGUUUUUAUGCCUACUCCAUCACCCUAUGAUCUAUCCACAAGCACUCAGUCACAAAAUUCAGCUAUGAUGGGGGAUGGAGGAGAACAAACUGAGAGUCAUCCUCUCAUUGGUGGCUCCUUGGAUACUGUCAAUGAUAAGCAGGUAGUGGACAUAUCUCCAAAGUUAGCAGAGCGAGAUUUUGGCGGCACUCCAUAUGUACCAGUUUAUGUAAUGCUACCGUUGGGUGUCGUAAAUAUGAAGUGUGAGCUGGCUGAUCCAGAUGGUCUAUUAAAACAGCUGAGGGUAUUGAAAUCUGCAAAUGUUGAUGGUGUCAAGGUUGACUGCUGGUGGGGAAUAGUGGAGGCACACGCUCCAAUGGAAUAUAACUGGAAUGGUUACAAGAGGCUCUUUCAGAUGGUGCAUGAGCAUAAACUUAAGCUGCAGGUUGUGAUGUCAUUUCAUGAAUGUGGAUGCAAUGUUGGUGAUGAUGUUUGUAUCCCUCUUCCACAUUGGAUUGCAGAAAUUGGUCGAAGUAAUCCUGACAUUUUUUUCACUGAUAGAGAGGGAAGAUGCAACCCAGAAUGUCUCUCAUGGGGAAUUGACAAAGAACGAGUGUUAAGAGGCCGAACUGCACUUGAGGUAUACUUUGACUACAUGAGAAGCUUCCGGGUAGAAUUUGAUGAAUUCUUUGAGGAUGGUCUUAUCUCCAUGGUUGAGGUUGGACUUGGUCCAUGUGGGGAGCUACGAUACCCAUCUUGUCCUGUAAAGCAUGGUUGGAGAUAUCCUGGCAUUGGUGAAUUUCAGUGUUAUGAUCAGUAUUUGUUAAAAAACCUGAGGAAGACGGCAGAAGCAAGGGGACACCCAUUUUGGGCUAGAGGACCAGAAAAUGCUGGUACCUAUAAUACCCAACCACAUGAAACCGGAUUCUUCUGUGAUGGAGGGGAUUAUGAUGGCCACUAUGGCAGGUUCUUCCUUAAUUGGUAUUCUCGGGUUUUAGUUGAACAUGGUGAUCAGGUGCUCUCUUUUGCAAAGUUGGCUUUUGAAGGCACCCAAAUUGCUGCAAAGCUAUCAGGUAUUCACUGGUGGUACAAGACAGCCAGUCAUGCUGCAGAAUUAACUGCUGGAUUCUACAACCCAAGUAAUCGUGAUGGUUAUGCUGCAAUUGCAGUAAUGUUAAAGAAGCAUGCAGCUGCUCUGAACUUCUCAUGUUCUAAAUUGCGGAUGUUAGACCAGCAAGUGAACUUUGCGGACGCACUUGCAGAUACUGAUGGAUUGUUGUGGCAAGUUCUGAAUGCUGCAUGGGAUGUCGACAUACCAAUUGCUAGUGAGAAUGCUCUUCCUUGCCAUGAUAGGGUUGCCUAUAACAAGAUUUUGGACAAUGCCAAGCCCCUGAAUAAUCCAGAUGGAAGACAUUUUUGGUCUUUUACAUACCUUAGGCUCAGCCCACUUCUCAUGGAGAGGCAGAACUUCAUGGAAUUUGAACGAUUUGUGAAGAGAAUGCAUGGCUUAAUUACAACAGUGGAACAUUUUGAGGUCUAUGAGACUGGCUUCUUGAACACCAUGUGACCUGAUUCGUCCACAUCAAAAAGACGGUCUAUAAAAUUAUCCCAACGUUCCCUUAUUUUCUUGAAUGACAAUAAUGAAAUUCCUCCACUUGAGCUGCCAGAAGUCUCCCCUUCUUCCAAUACAUGAAAAGUUCCAUAUGGAGAAGAUGAGUAGGCUUGUGGAAUGUCUAAAGCAACAGCUCUCUGAAGAGCUGCCUCAUACUCCUCACUAUGUUCUCGUGCUAUAAAUUCCUGUCGCUCCAUCUGCUGCUGUGCUGGAAUCCUCAUGAUCUGAUCUUUCUCCAGCAUCAACUGAACACAACAAAUGGUGAUGUUUCAAUUCUGUUGUAAAAAUAUAAGUUAAUUCUCAAUCUUCAACCAUCUAAAUUAACUAGUUUAGUUGACCAGGAAGACAAUGAUGUGAACCUAUUUCUGUAGCUGGUAAAAAAAAAAAAAAUCUAAAUAAAACGGGACGGCACAAACAUGUAAAUCUCAUCAA